AACAAAAGUUUCAUAACCCGUUGGACAACCUCUUUUAAGAUUGAUGACCAAAUGAGUAUGCACGGCAACGGUAUACACAAACAGAUGAAUACUAAAUAAUAACGCUCGCUCCCAACAAGACUCAGCCAUUUUCGUUGAUUGCUCGCUUCACAUCAGACGUCGAAAGCAGUUCGAGAAACCCCUCUAGCCUCUGUUAACUCGGUCUAAACAGUACCAACACUCAAUCUUCAAUAUGCGUGAAUGUAUCUCUAUCCAUGUCGGCCAAGCCGGAGUCCAGAUGGGCAAUGCCUGCUGGGAGUUGUACUGCCUGGAGCACGGCAUCCAGCCCGAUGGCCAGAUGCCGUCAGACAAGACCAUCGGAGGUGGUGACGACUCCUUCAACACCUUCUUCAGUGAGACUGGAGCUGGCAAACACGUUCCCCGAGGCGUCUUCGUCGAUCUUGAGCCGACUGUUAUUGACGAGGUCCGUACCGGUACCUACCGUCAGCUUUUCCAUCCUGAGCAGCUGAUCACCGGCAAGGAGGAUGCUGCCAACAACUACGCCCGUGGUCACUACACCGUCGGAAAGGAGCUGAUCGACAUUGUCCUCGACAGGAUCAGGAAGCUGGCUGACCAGUGCACAGGUCUCCAGGGAUUCCUCAUCUUCCACAGCUUCGGUGGUGGCACCGGAUCUGGCUUUACCUCCCUGCUCAUGGAGCGUCUCUCCGUUGAUUACGGAAAGAAGUCCAAGCUCGAAUUUGCCAUCUACCCCGCUCCCCAGAUCUCCACCGCCGUUGUCGAGCCUUACAACUCCAUCCUUACGACUCACACCACCCUGGAGCACUCCGACUGUGCCUUCAUGGUCGACAAUGAGGCCAUCUAUGAUAUCUGCCGUCGUAACCUCGAUAUCGAGCGUCCCACCUACACCAACCUGAACCGUCUCAUCGGCCAGAUCGUCUCCUCCAUCACCGCUUCUCUUCGAUUCGAUGGCGCCCUCAAUGUCGAUCUGACUGAGUUCCAGACCAACUUGGUGCCCUACCCACGUAUCCAUUUCCCUCUUGCCACAUACUCCCCAGUCAUCUCUGCCGAGAAGGCCUACCACGAGCAGCUGACCGUUAGUGAGAUAACGAACUCCUGUUUUGAGCCCGCCAACCAGAUGGUGAAGUGCGACCCCCGUCACGGCAAGUACAUGGCCUGCUGUCUCCUGUACCGUGGUGAUGUCGUCCCCAAGGAUGUCAACGCCGCCAUCGCUACCAUCAAGACCAAGCGUACCAUCCAGUUCGUCGACUGGUGUCCAACUGGCUUCAAGGUCGGUAUCAACUACCAGCCACCCACUGUCGUCCCUGGUGGUGAUCUUGCCAAGGUUCAGCGUGCCGUCUGCAUGUUGAGCAACACCACUGCCAUCGCCGAGGCCUGGGCUCGUCUCGACCACAAGUUCGAUCUGAUGUACGCCAAGCGCGCUUUCGUCCAUUGGUACGUCGGAGAAGGUAUGGAGGAAGGUGAGUUCUCCGAGGCUCGUGAGGAUUUGGCUGCUCUCGAGAAGGACUACGAAGAAGUCGGUGUCGAUUCCGUCGACGCAGAGGGCGAGGAGGAGGAAGGCGAAGAAUAUUAGACAGAUUAUGACACCCUUGACGCUCAUCCUAAAUCCACACUACAAAAUGAAUUUCCAUUUAGGUUCUAGCAAACAAAUACUUUUUCGCAAUUUUUAUACUUCUCUCAUUGCCCCCUGGGAGGAAGGUGAAGAAUAUCAAACUCUCACUCUCAAAUCAGUGGGUGAAUAACAUACGAGCUAGUCAAGUUAUUAGUAUUUAGCACAAUAUUGAAGCUACCUAUUGAUAUUUACUACCAGUUAACACAACAAAUUACAUGCAAAAUAUGGUACUUCUUAUUUGCAACUAUGAUCCUCCGACAAAAAGCACUAUGAAAUUUUGCAUUACUUUUCGCUCCGAAAAAAAGCACAUUGAAAUUUUGCAUUACUUUUCACUCCGAAAAAAAGCACAUUGAAAUUUUGCAUUACUUUUCGCUCCGAAAAAAAGCACAUUGAAAUGUGCAUAUUCAGCACACAAACAUGAUAACAUAGUUUGUUGUUGUCUUUCGAAUUCUUCUUAACGGGAUCUUAUUUUCUUCUGUGAUUGACAUUCAAGUUAUCAUGAAUCUCGUUAAGUUCCCACCCCCACUCCCCUAAAAAGGAAAUCGUUGCCGUCAUUGAUUCAUGUUCUUUUCAUGUUAUUUUUACCAAGCUAAA